AUGGAGCGGCCGGCGCGGCUCUGCGCGCUGGGGGCGCUGCUGCUGUGCGCCGGCGGCGGCGCCGAGCCCACCCAAUCUCAGCCCCCUGUGACGAAUUUGAGUGUUUCUGUGGAAAACCUCUGCACUGUGGUUUGGACGUGGAAUCCUCCUGAGGGAGCCAGCCCGAAUUGUAGUCUGUGGUAUUUUAGUCAUUUCAGCAACAAACAGGAUAAGAAAAUUGCUCCAGAAACUCGUCGUUUGAAAGAAGUGGCCCUGAAUGAAAGGAUAUGUCUGCACGUGGGGACCCAGUGUAGCACCAAUGAAAGUGAGAAGCCUAGCAUCUUGAAGGAAAAGUGCACCCCAGCUCCUGAAGGUGAUCCUGAGUCGGCUGUGACCGAGUUACAAUGCAUUUCGCACAACCUGAGCUACAUGAAGUGUACUUGGCUCCCUGGAAAGAAUACAAGUCCUGACACUAACUACACCCUCUCCUAUUGUUUUAUCACAUUGAAACCUGGCCCUCCACAUAUUAAAAAGCUCUUCUUCCAUAAUGGAGAUUUAUAUGUACAAUGGACGAAUCCUCAGAAAUUUUUAAGCAAAUGCUUACUUUAUGAAGUAGAAGUCAACAACAGCCAAACUGAAACACGUUAUUAUACUUUCCAUAAAGAAUCAGAGGCCAAGUGUCAGAAUUCAGAAUUUGAGGGAGACAAGAAGGAAACAAUUUGUUUCAUGGUCGCUGGUGUUCUUCCGAAUGCUUUGAAUACAGUCAGAGUAAGAGUCAAAGCAAGUAAGUUAUGCUAUGAGGAUGACCUAUUCUGGAGUAAUUGGAGUGAAGAGAAGAGUAUUGGUAAAAAGACCGAUUCUACAUUAUACACAGCCAUGUUACUCAUCAUUCCGGUCAUCGUUGCAGGUGCAAUCAUUGUCCUUCUGCUUUAUCUAAAAAGGCUCAAAAUAAUUAUAUUCCCUCCAAUUCCUGAUCCUGGCAAGAUUUUUAAAGAAAUGUUUGGAGACCAAAAUGAUGAUACCCUGCACUGGAAGAAGUAUGACAUCUAUGAGAAGCAAACCAAAGAAGAGACUGACUCAGUAGUGCUGAUAGAAAACUUGAAGAGAGCCUCUCAGUGAUUGAGGAUAAUUUAUUUUAACCUUCAAUGUGACCUUGUGAAGAUUCGUACCAUUCUCCAUUUGUUAUCUGGCAACUGGUUAAAUGGAAACUGAAACUACUGGACCAUUUAAAAACAGGCAGCUCUUAAGAGCCAAGGGUCUUUGAGUACAAGGAACUAAACAUAAUGGGCCCUUUGGAGAAGAGAGCUGUGUUAUAGUCUCUUUAAAUUAUAAAAGCAGGCAUGCCUUGCCUAGGCUCAAACUAGAGCACAAAGCAAAAAGUGAUGAUGGCAGUAGAGUUACUCUCAUCAAGACUUCUGACAGUUUCCCGAGGGUCUAUGCCUGCUUUGUAUUCUUUGUGUCAGAAUAUGUGACAAUUUUCUUUGUGGAGGAAUUCAUUUUGGGCACAAAUGCUUAACAUGAACCUUGAGUCACAGAGAACAUCUAGCAAACUGUUAUCUGUUGUUUGGGGUCCCAUUGAGCGAAGUCUGUGGCUGUUAAAACUCUUAGCAGUCUGGAGUCAUCAUUGCUCUCAGCAACAUUUCCCCGUGCUUUGAAAGGAACAGGCAUCUGUGUCCGAUGGUGAUGACAACAGAAAAAACAGAGGCAGCUUCUGCCUCGUCUGGGCCUUCCAAGGCCAGUGCAGGCUUUUCUCAACAGAAUGGCUCUUCGGGUAUUAGAGCUGGAAGCACGCAGUCUCUAAUCUCUUUCUUCAGCCUCUGCUCCUCAAACUGAGUAUUUACUAUGUGUCUAGAUUGUGCUAGGCCCGCAGGUGUGAGGUGGGGAUUCUUUCAAAAGGGUUGAAAUCUAGGUGGGCCUCCGAAGUUCUUACCAUUUUCUUUAUCUUCCCAUGGAUCAUUUUUCAGACCUUUCAACUCCCCAGUACUCACACCUUUCUCCCUGCCCUUUGCCCUUCACCUUUGACAGUGUAUUGUGACUUUUCACCUUUCAUUAGAUAAUAAAAUAAAUAGAAAUCUGCUUAGAACACCUCGGAGAGCAGGGGGUAAUUUGCAUCUCAGGAAAAGUGUGAAUAGACUGAGAAACAAUGACUAAUUCUUGCAUACUUUAUAACUUCUGUGUGCAUCUGCAUUUGUUUGAAAAGGUUCAGCUUUUAUAGAUUUUUCUAAGCAUUUUCCAAACAGAAAGAAGGUAUUAUCUUCACUUAGAAUUUUUUUUUGUUUGCUUUAGGAGACAAAAGAAUAUUUAUAUUCUUUUCCAUUCUUUAGAGCAUGAACCCUAGAGUUCUUUUUAGUCUGUAACAUGCUCUUACAUAUAUUAAAGUUCUCAGGCAUCAUUCCUAAAUAAUUCUCAUUAUGUAAAAUAAGUUUCAAAAUAGGGAUCGAGGUUAAACUAAAUGUUUUUCCGAAAUCAGUUCUGUCAAUGAGUUGAUGUUUAACUUUCCACAAAUAUCUGCCCGGAUUUUCUGGUUGGUCUCAAUCAGGUCAUCCGCAUCUCAGUUGGGACAUCUGAAGGCUCUUGUUUGAAGGUUCUUUCCACCAUCCAUGGCUCUGCUCCUUGCUCCCCUCAGGUUUGGCAAUGCAUAGUGACACCAGGCUAUGUAGGUCUCCAGCAUCACGUCCCUGUUCAGGGUCUUCCUAGCAUCACCUGUGUCCUGCCACUCUUCCCAGGUGAAGUUCACAACCAUAUCCUGAAAUGUCAGUACUCCCAGAGACUUAUUCAUUGUUGCUCCUAGAAACACAUAGAGGACUCUGGAAGCUGAGCUGGGAAAGAUAUCAAAUGGCACAGAGUCACAAAAGAUCUAGUGUGGCUCACUCCUAGGUCCUCGAUACCACUGUCCAAAACUCCCUGCAUGUCAGCCCCCUCAGCCUAGCUCAGGUCUCCUGAAAGGUGGGCCAGACUGCCAGCAUCACUCAGUCUUUCACAGCUUCCAGUGGAGGUGGUAUCACCCAUUGUUGUUCACUCUGGACAGAAGCAUCAAAAAUUGUUUGGCCGUGCAAAGCUAGGAUUGUGUACUUCCUGUGGCUCUUCUGCUUUGCUCUGAAGAGCUGGCCAGCAGGCUCAGAUCACAGGUCAUCCACAGGUAGCAUUCUCAUUCAGAUGCGUGUGCUGCCCCUUUAUGCUUCAUCAGAGCUACAUUCAGGGACACAGUUCACACUGAACCAGGAGCAGCUGAGGAGACCUCUUCCUUCAGUCCACAAAUGGUUCUUAGUAGGUUUCAUGUUUGUCUUGAAAGCCAGCAUUCAAGGCUCCAGUGUUGGCAUUUUUUAUUCCCUGCAUAUGUUAAGAUUACAUUUUUAUCAAACGCCACAACAUAUCCAUGUUCUCUACUACUGCUUCCUCCAAAUUUAAGGAAAUAUGAGAAUGAGAAGUCUCUCCCAGCAUUUCUUUAGACACACACACACACACACAGAGACUCAGAUUCCUUGUAGGAACUUGACAACAUUAUAUCACAAGUACUCCAAACAUUCACCCUUUCGCAUUAAUGAGAUGAAGCUACUUGCAAUUCUUGCUCUCAGGAAUGGAGAGCAGAGGUCCCCGCUCUCCACAGGUUGGGGCAAAAAUGGCGACUUGCGUGCACCAUGGCAGGGGAGCACUGUGCCCUGGUUUUUCUGAGGAAAUAUGGGGUGUAGCAAUGGUAGAUGUAAAGGUGUUUCUUCUUUGUGCUUUAAUUUUUGAGGCUGCACUGAGACUAGGACACAGGCAUAGUGGAUUUUCCACUUUGUUCUACUGUUUGCUAGAAAGAACAUUUGGUUUCCCUAUGUGGGAAUAAGAUUACUUCCUAACCAGGUCUUUUAUAAUGCAGGGAAACAAAACAACUAAAUGCCUCACCCAAAACCAUUUUUACUGUUAACCUAUUUAGAGUGCAACGAGGGGGUAGUUUGGUAUUCCACUUCCCAAAGAAUCGUUGAUGCUGACAGUCAUGCAGCCAAGGGAUGGGGAAAUUGUAUUUUGUUUUCAUCUUCCUCUCUUAGCAGUAAAAUAGUUGAGAUAAAAGGGGGCAGUGAAUUAUGAGGGUGUUUGUGGCUGUUUUAUAAUUGCUGAGAAGUGAUCCACAGGUCUGGGGAACUCAUCAAUACUUUUUAAUACACCUGUGGGUCUCCUGUUCACCUGUAGGAAACGAGUACAUUUAUUUACUAUUUUAUAUCUAACCUACAUGGAUUCCCCU